GCGAGAGGAAGCCGGCGGUCCCGGGCCGCCCGCCGAGCACAUCUGGAAGUGGUUUCGGCCCGCCUCGCUCUGCCAGCGCGACGCCUGGGCUCCCGGCUGCGCUGCGCAGCGGCGGAGGAAACCCAGCGCUCCAAGUCAACGCAAGCAAAGGGGGUGUGGGUGUGGGACGCAUAUUCUUUUGGAAACGUAAUACUGGCCUCGGGGCUGUCCAGCCCUCUGGGACUUCCAGCGGGAUCUUAGAAGCAGCUGGAGCAGCGUGAGGGCAGCAGCCCAGGGCCAGCCACGAUUGGAACGCUCUGCCCUGCAGCUCUUCUGGACCCAGGAGCCAAAGCCCUACCCUCACCAUUCACCAGGUCACAGUUCUUAUCCACGUGAACACACAUGGCUCUGUUACGAAAAAUAAACCAGGUGUUGCUCUUCCUUCUGAUUGUGACCCUCUGUGCGAUUCUAUAUAAGAAAAUUCAUAAGAAGACUGUGAUUAAGAAUGAGACAGAUGUUGAAUCCGAGACCCCCGAAGAACUGGAAGAGGAGAUUCCCGUGGUGAUUUGUGCAGCAGCAGGGAGGAUGGGCGCUGCCAUGGCUGCCAUCAACAGCAUCUACAGCAACACCGAUGCCAACAUUCUGUUCUACGUAGUCGGACUCCGCAACACUCUGUCUCGAAUACGAAAAUGGAUUGAACAUUCUAAACUGAGAGAAAUAAACUUUAAAAUCGUGGAAUUCAACCCUACGGUCCUCAAAGGGAAGAUCAGACCAGACGCCUCGAGGCCUGAAUUGCUCCAGCCUCUGAACUUUGUUCGAUUUUAUCUCCCUCUCCUUAUCCACCAACACGAGAAAGUCAUCUAUUUGGACGAUGAUGUAAUUGUACAAGGUGAUAUCCAAGAACUGUACGACACCACCUUGGCCCUGGGCCACGCGGCAGCUUUUUCAGAUGACUGCGACUUGCCCUCCACUCAGGACAUACACAGACUUGUGGGGCUGCAGAAUACAUAUAUGGGCUAUCUGGACUACCGGAAGAAGACCAUAAAAGACCUUGGCAUCAGCCCCAGCACCUGCUCUUUCAAUCCUGGUGUGAUUGUUGCCAACAUGACGGAAUGGAAACACCAGCGCAUCACCAAACAACUGGAAAAGUGGAUGCAAAAAAACGUGGAGGAAAACCUCUACAGCAGCUCCCUGGGAGGAGGGGUGGCCACCUCCCCAAUGCUGAUUGUGUUUCACGGGAAAUAUUCCACAAUCAACCCCCUGUGGCACAUAAGGCACCUGGGCUGGAAUCCAGAUGCCAGAUAUUCAGAGCAUUUUCUGCAGGAAGCUAAAUUACUCCACUGGAAUGGAAGACACAAACCCUGGGACUUCCCUAGUGUUCACAACCACUUCUGGGAAAGCUGGUUUGUUCCUGACCCUGCAGGGAUAUUUAAACUCAAUCACAACAGCUGAUAUAAUUCAACAUUUAAAAUAUUCCUUGUGUAAAAAUGUGGAAUGAUCCCUUUGUAGCCUACUAUACAUUGUUCUUUAUGAACAGUACCUUUGAAAUCUAUGAUCUACAAUUUUCAAAACAAAACUACUGUGUGCAAAUUGUCCUUUGGCCCAUAUAGGCACUGAAUUCUUCAAGUACAAGUGGUAAUUAUGGAAA